GCGAACUCUUCUAUAACCAGUGGACAAUGACACAGUAAUAUGCUGUAAAAGUAAAGUGUCCUACAUUUUAAAUGUCAGCGGGGUGAAUCUGUCUUAACUUUUUGCUUCCCUAAUCUUUAUUUCAAUAAAGUGUCACAGGGGCCAGUGUCAGUUUCAAAACUGCAGUUUAAAACAGUGUAUGAACUACAUGAAAGCGUUUUAAGAUGAAGUUGCGGUUUUCAGCUCUAUGAUGAACCAGCAGGAGUGUUAUAAUGUAUGUAUGUAGAACAUCCUCUGCGUUAACAUACACCAUGAAACACUUUUGUUAUAUUGACUUUGAUUUUUUUUAACAUUCAGUAUUCAACCUCUGAAUAUUAAUAAAUUAUCCUAAAGUACUACUGUAGUUAAAGUGCUUACUUUGUCAUAAUGCGUGUAACUGACUUUGUGUUUGCCAGUGUUCUAAAUCUUAAAUUGACCUUUUUAAAUGUACACAUCUUAAAUGGCAGCUUGUACUUGUGCAGGCGUCGCUGCACGGUGGCAUCUGCCGGCGUUUGUUGCCCUCAGAUGUGGCGCUUGAUAAGGCAUUGCUACAGCUCACAGGGUCACAAAGACCACCCCCACACCCCCCCAACGCUUGAUUACACUCAGCACUCAAACUGCAAAGUGCUGCUUUUUACUCCAGCUUUUAAAAACAGCAGUAAAUCCACGCGUAACUGUUCACGCGUGGAUUUAAAAAAAAAAAAACAGGUUCAAAUGAACUUUGCAUCUCGUCGAUGAGGAUGCCGGCUUUGCAAGCGCUUAAUUAGGAGACGAUAUUUGCACGGAGGUGGUUCAUGUGCUGCUUACUGUCCUCCCUGUGUGAACUUGUUUUCAAGAAGUUCGGAGGAAUGCACAGGAGUGAGCCCGAGGAGCCGCUCGCGAUACAGUCAGCGAUGCUGUCACUGUGUGUGUGGGAUGUUGUGUGAUUUCACCAUGUUUCCUGUCUCUCACACCACUUCUGUGAAGACUCCAAAGAAGUGACAGCUCUGACCUACAAACACUCAGGCUUCCUCUAACGCGUGCUUUGACUCAGCUUUAAAGGAAACCUUCUGCCGCCUUAAGGUCAGAAUGCCUCCUCCCGUCGAUGCGUGUAGCGAUGCCUGCUCCUAAUGAUCACUGCCUGCCGCUGUUCUGACCCGACGUUGGCUGCUCCGCUUCCUUGCGGUUUUACUCAUCCAACAUGAACUUUGUCUCGGCCUUCCCGCUGAUGCUCGCCAUCCUCUCCAGGGGACACAGUCUAAUAACGGCGAUCGGCGAGGCCCCCGGGACAUGCUUCAAGAUGUGUCCGGCUGGGUUUCACAAGAGCGGCGAGUGCAGCGAUCCGUCUGAUGGCGCCGCACGGUACAAAUGUGAGCGAUGUGGUAGUAACUCAUUCACAGAGAAAGAAAACUACACCCCGGAGUGUGAAAGGUGUCACCCGUGUGGUUCGUACCAGGAAGUCAUAAAGCCCUGCACCUCCAGCAGCAACGUGAAGUGUGACUGUAAGAGGGGGUACUACAACAAGAACACAAAUUCGUCCGGCAGUGAAAUGGACUGCAGGGCGUGCAAUAGUAGUAGAGUUCCUCCAUUAGACACACCUGGCUAUCAUGACUACAUACGGAAGUGUAAGCCAUGCCAAAGCUCCGAGUGUCUGAAGAAACCAGCGUGUCGAGGGCGCGAGUGUGAAGCAACUACCUCUGCACCUCCGUCUUCAACGGCGCCCACGAGCACGACGAGCCGGACUUCAGCUGUGAAGAACCCCAUACAGCCGGUUGCUCUGAACGGGGGCCACGUGUCCUGGUUGGUGUGGUUGGCCGUGACCUUCGCCGCCGUCUCGGGGCUCCUGCUGCUCCGGAGGCUGUUCGGGGCCCCGGAGAGCUGCCUCUACUGGAGGAUCCAGAAAGCUGUGACGCGCUGCAAGGACGACCCCAAGCUCAACGAACAACCCAGUCAUCAAGACAACGCCUCGACCACACUGACAAUAAACCCAUGCGAGGAAACUCCCGCGAAGACUCUUAGUCAGAGUCUGUCCCCAUCAGAAGAUCCAGCCCCCACCAGGGUCCUGUUGCCAAGCAACGAAGCCAGAGCUGCCAAGCAGGACGAGACUUCGAAGGACUGGCCCGCCAUCGUCCUCUACGCCAUCAUCAAGGAGGUCCCGCUGCGGCGGUGGAAGGAGUUCCUGCGCCUCCUGUCGGUGGCCGAUGAGCAGCUGGAGCGGGUGGAGCUGGAGGCGGGUCUGGGCCCGGGCUCCAUGGAGCGGCAGUACCAGAUGCUCCGGCUGUGGAGCCAGCGCGCCUCCGCCAGCCUGGACGACGUCUUCGCGGCCCUGCACUACAUGGAUCUUUCUCGGCGCGCGGAGUUGCUGGAGGAGAGCCUGGAGAGUCUGCCGUGGAGGAGUGACACGAAGCAGGGCGUCACGGCCUGAGGGACGCCCACGCUGUCUGAGACGGACAUUAAUAACUCUACACACAAAAGUGCAGCGUCUUCAGUGCCCCACUAUUUGUUAUGUAGCUUUACAGUCUAAACUAAGGUUACAUUGCGUUAGUGUUGAAAAUUUCACCCACCUGUAACCAGAGAGUUUCACCUUUUUAUACAUAUUAAUAUAUUAUUUAUUUGAUCUCCAAAUGUACACUUUACAUGCAGACUGCUUAUAUAGGAAAUACUAGAAUUGCUUCUUCAGUUAUUAUUCAGGAUUAUUACAGGUUAUAAUAGCUGUGAAACCAGACAUCAUAACUAACUAUGUGUCUAUUUAUCUCUAUGGCACAGAUGAGUAAGCGAGAGAACCAGACACGAGCCACUGCUUGUUUUACUCCGCUUUUUGUUGACAAUAACAGACUGAUAUGGCUGAAAUGGCUUUCUGAAGAAAGACGUCAUGCCUGCUGAUGUUCAGGAAGUACUCUAGUAACAGCCACCGCCUGUAGGUGGGGAAAGUUUACGAGAAAAAAGCGGAAUCUACUGAUAAUAACACGUAUGUUGACAGCUCUGCUGUCAUUAAAUAAUGGCAGCAGAACGUGCACUGUAACAAGUAAAAGGCGUGUUAAAUACUUGAACUUCA